UACAAGAGAUGGCCAGAGACUGUGGACAUAGUACAGGAGAUGACCAGAGACUGCGGACACAGUACAGGAGAUGGCCAGAGACUGCAGACAUAGUACAGGAGAUGACCAGAGACUGCGGACACAGUACAGGAGAUGACCAGAGACUGCGGACACAGUACAGGGGAUGACCAGAGACUGCAGACACAGUACAGGAGAUGACCAGAGACUGCGGACAGUACAGGAGAUGACCAGAGACUGCGGACAUAGUACAGGAGAUGACCAGAGACUGCGGACAGUACAGGGGAUGACCAGAGACUGCAGACAGUACAGG